AUGGCUAAAACAACCUUAGCGAACGAAGUUUACAAUGAUGCGUGCAUUCGUUCUCAUUUUGAUGUUUGUGCCUGCGCUACUAUUUUGCAACAGCACAAUGUAAAAGAAAUCUUGUUGAGCCUUCUGCGUUCUACUAAGAGUGACUCAUUUGACAUGAACGAUGAAGCAGAGCUUGCAAACAUGCUACAAAAGAGUUUAAAGGGUAAGAGAUAUUUAAUUGUAUUGGAUGAUAUGUGGAAAACUGAAGCAUGGGAUGUCGUGAGACUAUGUUUUCCAAGUGAAAACAAGGGGAGUGGAAUAUUAUUGACGACCCGUAACAUUGAAGUAGCUCACGAUGCUGGUACAGAGAAUCUUUCUUUGCAUAUGGAUUUAAUGGGUCCGGAUGAGAGUUGGAACCUUUUCAAAAGUGUUGCAUUUGCAAAUGAAGCAUUACCAUCUGAGUUCGAGACUAUUGGGAAGAAAAUUGCAGAGAAAUGUCACGGGUUACCACUAACUAUUCUCGUGGUUGCUGGGCUUGGGUUCGAGUGUGCUACAAACUGGUAA